AUGCAAAAAAGUACUAGUAAAUAUGUUAUAGAUCCUAUAAGUAUAAAAACAAAUUGUUCCAGUGAAGAAUCUUAUAUUCGAUGUGUUGAAUAUGGUAAAGGAAAAGCGCAUUACAGAAAUUUAAUUUUACUUGCAAAGGCAAUACUGGCGGGAGUAUUUGUAGGUGUUUGUGCGCACGCUUCCGGAAUAGCAGGAGGUUUGUUCUACUAUCACAAAUUGAGGGAAUAUGUAGGCAUUUCAAUGAGUGCAUUUGUAUAUGGAUUUACCUUUCCAAUUGCAUUUUUAUGUAUUAUAUGCACAGGGUCAGAUUUAUUUACUGGAAAUACCUUAGCUGUUACUACAGCUUUACUACAAAAAAAAUUAGGUUUAUUAUGUUAUAUGAGAGUGAUGUGUAUAUCACUAGUGGGGAAUUAUAUAGGUGCCGUUGCAUUUGCUUUUUUUGUAUCCUAUGGUUCUGGUGCAUUUAGUAUUAACACAGAUACUAGUAAAAAUCAUAUUUUUCAAUUUCUAAAUGAUAUAGCUAUAAAAAAGGUUAGUCAUUCUUUUAUUGAAUGUAUAUGUUUAGCCAUAGGAUGUAAUAUUUUUGUUUGUCUAGCCGUUUAUUUUGUUUUAUCCAUAAAAGAUGGAUCGGGUCUCGUCUUUAGUGUAUUUUUUGCAGUAUAUGCAUUUGCUAUAGCAGGAUAUGAACACAUUAUUGCAAAUAUUUAUACCCUAAAUCUUGCAUUGAUGAUAAGCAAUGAUAUUUCUUUUACCCAAGUAUAUUUCAAAAAUUUAUUGCCAACACUGAUCGGAAAUUAUAUUGCAGGAGGACUUGUGUUAGCUUUCCCUUUGUUUUUUAUUUACAGAAGUUGCUACUAUGAUUAUGACAAGAUGAAUGAUGAAUUGAACACUGUCGUAUUGAAAACUUUAUCUUUGGAGCUGCAAAAUGAAAGCAAUCAUAUUUAA